CUUGAGUUCAAGCGUUUUCUAAAAUCUAAAUGUGAAAUAAAUUUACAAAAUGUCGAUAAAGUGGACUGGUAGUGUCAGUGAUUCCGGUAUAUUACGGAAAAGUGAGUUCAAGGAGAAGAAAGAAGAGCUUUUCGUGUUCGGCUACUCGUGCAAAUUGUUCAGGGACGAUGAAAAAGCCCUGCACAUUGAUCAAGGCAAACACCUCAUACCGUGGAUGGGGGAUGAAACGUUGAAAAUCGACAGGUAUGACGCCCGAGGCGCGCUGCAUGACGUGGCCUCGCUGGAGGCGCCGCCGGGCGGCUUCGACUGGCGCGUCGAGCUCACUCGGAACGAGCAGGAUGUGGAGCAGCUGUGCGAUGAGGAACGCUACCGAGCGCUGCAUACUGAUGAGGAUGAGGAGGAAAUGUAUAAAGAGGAAGAACUGAAGCGUCUCCACGCUGCUGGUUAUGGACAAGUCGGGUUCAACUAUGACACCACUCCAGCAGCAGCCCCGGCCCCAACUACGCCUAUAGAAGUUGAUGAGCCUUUCAUACCGACCCCGUCAUACAGGGCUCUGUUUGCUCCUGAUAUACUAUUGCCUGACUCCCUCAAGCAGAACACAAUAAUUGAGAAGACGGCGAACUUCAUCGCGUCCCAGGGCGCCCAGAUGGAGAUCCUGAUCAAGGCGAAGCAGGGUGACAACCCGCAGUUCCGGUUCCUGGACAUGGGGGCGCCGCUGCGGCCUUACUACCUCGCCCUGGUGGCGCUUGUGAAGGCCGGGAAGUGGCCGGAGAAGGCACCGGAAGUUGUUGAAGAAAAACAUCCUGAAACUGAUGAAUACCUGCAUCCCAGCUUGGCGUCAACUGUCAUUGAAUCUGCACCAUCCAUACCAAGCAUCCACUACCGCCCGUCCGCAGACUGUGACUACACGAUGCUGGUCUCCAAGAUGCGAGGAGAGGCGACCCUGGAUGACAACUACACUCCGGAGCUGGCCCCCGGGGAGGUGGCUCCCCCGGGCACUGAACCGCUGCCCCCGAGAGCCAGGCCUGUCAUAUCCAGGGCCCCAGUCAUGUACACCAGGGAACACGAGUCCCCCCCUCCCCCCCCGCCCGCGCCGCGCGCGCCCGGCGCGCCGCCCACGCGCCCCGUCGGCGCCAGGUCCACCGGCCUCAGCCUCAUGAAGAACUAUAACACUGACUCGGAUAGCGAUGCUUCAGAUUACGACUCAUCCUCAUCGGACAGUAAAGACAAACCCCUCAUCAUAACUCCGCCCGAGGACGUGCAAGUGGUGAUCGACAAGAUGGCCGCCUACGUCGCGCGAAAUGGCGACGAGUUUGCCGAGAUAGUGCGCGCCAAGAAUGACCCGAGGUUUACGUUUCUGGAGCCGGAUCACAUCUACCACCCGUAUUACAUGCGGCUGAUGCAGCAGAAGCGAGGCGGGGCGAAUGGGACAGGCAAAGAGGAGCCUAAGAGGACCACAGCACCAGUGUCAUUCUCAAUAAAGAAGCUAAAAGAGCCAGACCCGGUACUCCCAAAACCGGCGCUCCCCUACGAGUCCAGUUCCGACGAUGAAACCGAAAAAACCGACAACACCGAAAAACCGGAGUCCAAACCACAGACCCCCGUCAACCAGAUACCGCAGGCUGUGGUGUACAAGAUGGAGGCUCAGCGGCCGGCGCAGGAGCCUCCGAAGAUGCCAGUUAUUGAGAGGAAAGAGGACGGCAUGCAGCCGGUUCUAGUGCAGCCAGAGAGAGUGAUUUUUUUAUUUAUCCUUUGGGUUCAUUUUUUUUUUCAGAUAAUUCCGAAGCCAGAAAUACCACAGACAAGAAAAGAGAAAUCGUUAACACCAGAAAAGAAAAUAGAAAAGCCAAGGGACAGAGAUAGUCCAGUCAAAAGAGACAAGCGGAAACACAGCAAAGCGUCCAAACCGGAAAGUAGGGAGAGAAAGGAUCGGAGCGUGGACAAGGAAAGGAAAAGAGACAAAGAUAGUGGGAAGAAGAAUGAUGUCGCUGUCGAUGAAAUUAUAUCAUUGGAAGAUAAUGAUGAUGAUUUGAUUGAUUUGACUGGGGACUACUCUGAUACUAAAAUGGAGGUGGAGGGGUCAGAGCGGGAAAAGCAGCGUUCCCGCCGCGCGCGCGCCGCCGAGUUCCUGCGCCGCGUCGGCGUCGACCCCGCGCACCCCGCCGCCGCCGCCGCGCUGCCCGCCAGCUCGCUCGCCAGCGCCAUGGUGGACACGCUAGAAUCCCUUCGAAAGAAAAAAGAAGAGGAGGAAGAGAAACGACGACGCCGCGAGAAGAAACGACACCGCUCCAAAUAUGAUGAUGACGACGAAAAGGCACAUCGGAAGAAGCGCAGAAAAUAUAGAUCUUCUGAAGACAAUGAAGAAUCAGAUAUAGAUAGUUCUAAAAAGAAAAAGCGUAGAAGGGACAAGAAGGCCAAGAGCAAGAAGAAGAAAAAGCGAGAAGUAGAGGAAGAGGUAGUCCACGAACUACCCCCGAACAUCGACUUAUCCAACACUCUCAAAGUACUGCGCACCACUUCCCCUACUAAGGAACUAUGCCAAAAUCUAGAAACACAGACUCAGAGGCAAGCACCUGAUGAAGAACGGUACAGAAGGAGAAAGAACGAGUCCUCAAGCGAAGACGAACGGCAUAGAAGGAAAAAGAAGAUUGAGAAAGAGUCUUCUAGUGAUGAAGAAAAAGAUAAGAGGAAAGAAGGAGGCGAACAGAAGGAACAUAGAAGGAAAAAGAAGGAAGAUAGGGAGUAUAGUGAGGGGGAGUGGUCGAGCGAUAGCGAAGAGGACUCGGCCUCGAGUAUUAGUAGAGACAACUAGGUAUGGUACUGUAUAUUACUAGUAUAAAUAUUUGUAAGUUUACAAUAAAAGACAUAUUUCAUUCAAUUCGUGCUAACAUUACUUUUUAUGUCAAACUGUAAGAUACAGAACACUAUUGC